UGCUCUUCCUCUUCCCCCGACCCACUGCAACCCGACGAGCCCCAGCUACCGCCACCCAUUUACGGCCGAGAACACCGGUAAAACUUGGGGAUUUCCCCUUCUUUCUUGUUCUAGAACACCUAUUCAACCCAGAAUUUUUCCAGGUCUGCUCUCUUCCCUCUGUAGUGAGUUCCCUGUUGCUGGGUGCGAAUUUCUGAGCUUUUCCGUUGCCGUGAGUCCUCCAUUUCUGUUCCCUGUCGGCUUCCUUCCCAGGCGGACCCGGUGCUGCUCGCCGAAAUUUUCUGGUAUGAUGGACAGCUUCAUUUAAGUCCAAAUUUCAUCUAAUUGGUGGUUGCUUUGCUGAAUUUGGUCCUUGUGUGGUUGCCCUGUGAUUGUCCGAAUGCUGCCAAGGAAAAAAAUGGAAGAUUUCGGCAGCUUUAAUUGUGUUUUUAGUUAAUUCAUGUAGGAAUUAGUUUAAUUAGGCUGCUGUGAUGUUUUGGAGAGAAAAAUCCCGUGUGUGUGAGUUGUAGUUUGCCAAACCAUGCUCUCCAUGUGCUGCCUGUGAGUAUAUGGGAAAAUUUGAUGUGUAUUAUGCAAAUAUAUAAAUGCACAAUUGAUUUUGUGCUUGAUUUUGGAUAGAAAAAUUUAUGGGGGCUAAUUGCUGGCUAAAUUGGGAAAGGAUUAAAUAUGUCGUUUUAUAUGGGUAUUAAUUUUGGAAAUAUUUUGAUUAGGUACUUGAUUAACUUGCACCCUAGCACUUGGGAUUAGUGUUCUGGUUGGUGUGAUUUGAGAUGGCUCCGAAACGACGUGGGCGCCCGAGGGGUGGCCGUAAAGACUCGGGCACUCCUCCGAUCCCAGCUGCCAAUCCCCUUGCCCAAGCUGCUCCUUAGGAGGGAGGGACAAGCAACCCUCAAAUGGCCACUUUCUUUCAGGAAUUUAUGGUGGAGAUGAGACGCCAAGCGUCUCCUGCCACAAGUAUGCCACCUCCGUCCCCAGUGAUUCCCACCUCGGCGGCCCUUGCUCAUAUUUCUCCUGUUCCUAUCUCUUCUACUCCUGUUGUGCCUAGUUGGAAGAUUUAUACCAAAUUCCAGAAGGUGGUGACUAGGAGAUUUGAUGGUACAGCGGGUUUUGAGCAAGUAGGGUCAUGGUUUACCAAGGUGGAAAAGGGAUUUCGCCUAUUAAAGGUUUCUGAUGACCUUAAGGUUGAUGUGGGCAGCUAUAUGCUUACAGGUGAUGCAUUAACUUGGUAGGAGACUUAUUUGAAGCUACACCAAGGAGAGCCUAAAUUAAGCACCUGGGAUGGGUUUAAAAGGGUGUUCAUGCAAGAGUUUAUACCUGACAGCAAAAGGCGGGAACUGCAAAGAGAAUUUGCAGAUCUAAAACAAGGGUCACGUACUGUUGAGCAGUACAAGAAGGAGUUUGACCGCUAUCUGCCUUUUGUGGGUGGUCAAGUCGGGGAUGAGCAAUCCAAAGCUGAUAGAUUUUUGUGGGGCUUGAAUCCUGACAUUUAUUUGGCAGUGAAUCACUUCAAACUUGCCACUUAUAGAGAGGCAGCGGACAGAGCCAUAGAUCAGGAGAAGGCUAUGGCUAGGGUCAAGACACAAGAUCCACAAAAAGUUGGGUCAUCCUUUAAGAAGAGAAAAUUUGAUGAGAGUCGUAGACCCUCAAUCUCUGCACCGCCUAAGUCUGAUACCGAUGAGGCUUCUAAAGAGCUAAGGGUUGCUAAGACCGUGGGUCAAGCAUCAGUAGCCCAACGUACUCAACCUGCCCCACCUAUUUGCCACACUUGUGGAAGAGUGGGCCACACUCGCGACCAAUGUCACGUUUUUACUGGGGCUUGCUACAGAUGUGGCAAGCAAGGGCAUCGAGUUGCAAAUUGCCCACAGCCAGACCCUAAAGCUCAGAGUACUCAAACUGCAUCUCCGCAAGGUUCUACGAAUCAGAAGGUGUAGAAACAGAAUGUCGGGGUUAGGACAAGAGCCCAGCAGGCGAGAGUUCACGUGAUGACUUACCAGGAAGCUGCGGCUACCGACGUAAUCACGGGUACUUGCCUGCUAAUUCUGAUUAUGCACAUCUUUUAUUUGAUUUAGGUGCAUCACACUUUUUAUUGCUUGAUCGUAUGCUUUGAAACGAGCUUUACCUGUUGAUAAUUCUUAUUUUGAACUGCAUGUGAACACCCCUUUAAAAGGGUGAUGACUAUUAGAGAUGUGCGUAGGACGGUAGAUAUUAUAUUGAUGGUAAAUAAUUGAGUGCUAGCUUGUCUAUUUUAGAUACCUCAAAUUUUGACAUCAUUCUGGGAAAAAUUGAGUCCGAGGUAUAUUGGACCAUAUCCUAUCCCAGAAAGAAUUGGCGAGGUAGCUUAUAGAUUUAAGCUGACUGGAAAUUUAGCCUGUGUCCAUGAUGUGUUCCAUGUGUCUUUACUUCGAAAACAUGUUCCCGACCCAAGCCACAACAUGGAUCCCAAACCAUUCAACUCCAGAAGGAUCUCACUUAUGAUGAGCACCCGAUCUGCAUCUUCGAUUUGAAGGAGAGAACCCUCCGCACCUCUUUCAAGA